AUGGAGGAACUAGGUAUUGUGACACCCGCUGAAAAGACAGUAGAAGAAAAACCAACAGUCAAAUCAUAUGGAUCGUUGCUGGCUCAACUUAAUGGCACAGCUAAUAAUAACAGUGUCAUAUCUAGUGUGAAUUCUGAUAUAUAUUUCAAGUUGAAGAAAUUAGAAAAAGAGUACGAAUUGCUGACUUUGCAAGAAGACUACAUCAAGGAUGAACAGCGUUAUUUGAAACGUGAACUGAAAAGAGCUCAGGAAGAAGUCAAGAGAAUUCAGUCUGUCCCAUUGGUUAUCGGGCAAUUCUUAGAACCUAUUGAUCAAAAUACAGGUAUUGUUUCCAGUACCACUGGGAUGAGCUAUGUUGUGAGAAUACUAUCGACUUUGGACCGUGAACUGUUGAAGCCAUCCAUGUCUGUGGCGUUACACCGUCAUUCAAAUGCUCUGGUUGACAUUCUCCCUCCUGAUUCAGACUCCAGUAUAUCCGUCAUGGGUGAAAACGAAAAGCCAGAUGUCACUUACGCAGAUGUUGGUGGAUUAGAUAUGCAAAAGCAAGAAAUUAGAGAAGCCGUAGAACUUCCAUUAGUUCAGGCAGAUUUAUACGAACAGAUCGGUAUUGAUCCUCCAAGGGGUGUUCUUUUAUAUGGCCCACCAGGGACCGGUAAGACGAUGCUUGUUAAAGCCGUCGCCAAUAGUACAAAAGCUGCAUUCAUUAGGGUCAACGGCUCUGAAUUCGUCCAUAAAUAUCUUGGUGAGGGUCCAAGAAUGGUUCGUGAUGUCUUUAGACUUGCCAGGGAAAACGCCCCAUCGAUUAUAUUCAUAGAUGAGGUAGACUCCAUUGCCACAAAACGGUUUGAUGCUCAAACCGGUUCUGAUCGUGAAGUACAGCGUAUUUUGAUUGAACUAUUGACUCAAAUGGACGGGUUUGACCAAUCCACCAACGUUAAAGUUAUCAUGGCCACGAACAGAGCAGACACAUUAGAUCCGGCUUUGCUGAGACCAGGUAGGUUGGAUAGAAAGAUCGAAUUUCCUUCGCUUCGCGAUAGACGUGAACGCCGUUUGAUCUUCGGUACUAUCGCCAGUAAGAUGUCUCUUGCCCCAGAGGCAGACCUAGAUUCGCUCAUCAUUCGUAAUGACUCUCUAUCAGGUGCUGUUAUUGCAGCCAUCAUGCAAGAAGCCGGUUUAAGAGCAGUGAGGAAAAACAGAUACGUCAUUCUACAAAGCGAUCUGGAGGAAGCUUACGCUACCCAAGUCAAGACUGAUAGCACCAUCGAUAAGUUCGACUUCUAUAAAUAA